AUGCCUCGGGGUCAGAAGAGAAAGCUCCAUGCUGGAAAAAAAUGCUACCAGGCUGGAGGUGAGACCCAGGAUCUCCAGGGUGCCCAGGCCCUUGCAGAAGUGGAGAAAAGCUGUCCCCCUCCAUCUUCUCCUCAUGUAGGUGUUACUGCUCAUACAAAGUCUGCUUCUAAGUUACAGACCACUUCCAAGGUGCCUCAGAGAGCCCUUUCUACCACUGAGUCUAAGGGUCUUUCUCACACAAGACCAUGUAAAGUAGCUAAGUACAAAAUUAAGAGAAAACAACAAUCUUCCCAGACCUCACCCUCUACUGAGAAGUGCCCUAGAAGUUCUCUCACUAGCACAGUCCGCCUGGUGGUGAACUACAUGAUGAACAUGUGUAAAAUGAAAAGGCCCAUUCUGAAAGCAGAUGUGAUGAAGAUGGUCACCAACACCCAUAAAGUACACAUCGCUGAGAUCCUCAGAAGAGCUUCCUUCAACCUGGAGGUGUUGCUCGGUGUAGACUUAAAGGAAGCAGAUUCUAUGGAUUCCUAUACCCUUGCUAGCAAAAUGAAUCUCCCUAACAAUGGUGUUCUGACUACAGGCAGGGGAUUUCCCAAGACUGGCCUGCUAAUGAAUCUCCUAGGGGUGAUCUUCCUGAAAGGAAACUGUGCCACUGAGGAAAGUAUCUGGGAAUUCCUGAAUAAAAUGAAAAUAUAUGAUGGAAAGAAACACUUCAUUUUUGGGGAACCCAGGAAGCUUAUCACUCAAGAUUUAGUGAAGCUUAAAUACCUGGAGUAUCGGCAAGUACCUAACAGAAGUCCUACAAGCUAUGAAUUUCUGUGGGGUCCAAGAUCUCAUGCUGAGACAAGCAAGAUGAAAAUCCUGAAAUUUUUGGCUAAAAUCAACCAUAUAGUUCCGAGCGCCUUCCAGUCCCGGUAUGAUGAGGCUUUGAAAGAUGAGGAGGAAAGAAGUCAAGCUGCAGCUACAUUUGGUGACACAACAAUCAAUACUAAAUAA